UGUUGUGCUGUUCUACGACUGUUAGACGACUAGUUCCGACUUUACUGUGGCUGGCACCUGUUCAGUUGGAAGUCAAUUCCUGCUCAGCAUUUGGAGGCGUCAAAUCAGGGCUGUUAGCUUGGCUAGCACAGCUGGCUAGCUGAGCAGCUAAAGAUAAAUAUUACUGCGACUGAUCACUUUGGGAAGGAGCAUUGCUUAUUAGUUUAGUUGUGUAUGGAUAGUCAUAGUAUAUAUGAGAUGAUCAGCGUUAUGGAAAACUGGAUGCCUCUAUUCGUUUUGGGAAAAAAUUAAAGCCGACCGAUGUCGACAUGUCGCUUCGAGCAGGGAGAGUUUUCAUCCGGAAUCGGACAGAGCAGCUAGGCGAGCACCAGGUCUGAAUUAGGCCGCCAGGGGGAUCGUGUGUUUGCUUGUGUGCCGGAAGGGCAGACUUCGCCACCCUGACCAGCAUUUUGUGGACACACUUGGAAUACAUGCCUAUAGCAGUGAUACACCACAAGGGGAAGUGUAGGUGGCCGUGCACGGUGUGAGACGUCCUGCCUGCAUAGACUCAUCGCCAUGAGCAACAAGGAGAUGGUUUCCACAGUGACAGAGAAUAAAGGCCAGAGGAAGGUGUUCCUUCCCAACAAGCUACUGGAGUGUCUCCCUCGCUCAUCCAGUCUGCCAAACGAGCGUCUCAGGUGGAAUACUAAUGAGGAGAUUGCAUCUUACCUGGUAACCUUUGACAAACAUGAUGAGUGGCUCUCUUGCAGCCUGAAAACCAGGCCAAAGAAUGGUAGCAUCAUCCUCUACAACAGAAAGAAGGUCAAGUACAGGAAAGAUGGCUACAGCUGGAAGAAACGCAAAGAUGGAAAGACCACCCGAGAGGACCACAUGAAGCUGAAGGUUCAAGGCAUGGAGUGUCUCUAUGGUAAUUAUGUCCAUUCCUCCAUCGUGCCAACAUUCCACCGGCGGUGCUACUGGCUGUUGCAGAACCCAGACAUUGUGCUGGUCCACUACCUGAAUGUGCCCUCCCUGGAGGAUUCUGGGAAAUUUAGUCCACUGCUGUGUGCACUGACCAGUCGCCAUGACAGCAUGAAGUGGAGCCGAGAUGAUCUGCUGAGUCAGCUCAAGCCCAUGUUUCACAGCAUCAAGGCUUCCGGGGAUACUGUCGAUUUUAGCAUCGAGGAACUUGCACAGCUCAUCCUGGAUCGCCAGAGAACCAAACCGCAGCCCCGCACGCACGCUUGCCUCUGCAACACCAGCCAGGGAGGGAACAUUCCUCACAGCUGCAACAGCACUAAGCAUCGCAUCAUUUCUCCCAAGCUGCCCCUCUCCUCCUCCUCACCUCUCUCCUCAGAAGCAGGGGAGCUUGGAGGCGGUGGUGGAGAUGCUAAACUGCCUCACCUCCAGGCACAGAGCAGCCCCGCCUCAUCCCCACGUCCCCCAUCCACCUCUGCUUCGUCCCCGCAGCAGCCUCACAUGGGGAACCAUGGCAACGGUUUCUAUGGCGACCACCAUGGCAACCUGACCACAGUGGCACUGCCACAUAAUGCAGUGAUUGUCAUGGCAACCACGACACCCAUCUCAGGCGGGGCAAAAGGAGAGGAUCCCUCCAGCCAGUUAUUACUCCCCCCAUCUCUCCACCCUCCUGGAAAACCUGCCUCCCCCUGUCCUCCCUCCCCUACAACUCCCUCCCUGGCCGUUCCUGCCCACCCACCUGGGAUGACCACCCUAUCACUCGCUGUCCUUCCCUCCCCGGUCAUAGGAGGCCUGCUUCUCAACCCUUCCUCUUCUGCCUCCCUCUGCUCUCCUCCUCCUCCUCCUCCACUGCCAACCUCCCCUUCCCCUCCCCUCUCAUCUUUCUCCUCUCUCCCUCCCUUCCUCCCACCUGCAUUUGACCCCGAUUCCUUUCUGAACUCCCCCAAGCAGGGCCAAACAUAUGGCGGCCCACCUCCUCGUUCGACUUGCACCCCUUCCCAUGUCAUAUGCUCCUGCUCCCCUCUGUCUCCUUCCUCCCUAGCGCUCUCCCCCACAUCCACCCCACCCUCAUCAAUCUCCCCACCUUCAUCGCUCUCUUCUUCCUGUGAGAAUGACAGAAAGGACUCCAUCUCCCUUCCCCCGUCUCUCUCGUUGUCCCCCACUUCCUCGGUGGCCCCGGCCAUACUCCCCCUCUGUUUGGAACUAGGAGCUCUUGGCGAGUCAGAGGAGAAAGACCAGGGAAGUGGUGAUGAUGCUCGCAGCUUAGCUCCUCCCACAAAGCUAGCGCUGCUACAGCCUCGCCACUCUUCAAGUGGGUCACCCCAGCAACAGGCGGGACAUGGUGCUGCUUCACUGCCCUCAGAUGGCCACACCAAGCAGUCAUCCAACCAGGAGAAGCCCUAUGGUCACCUACCAGGACCUGAUACUCUGCCCUUACCUUCUCAAUCCCAUCAGCCUAUUCCACAACAGUCCGAUAACCAAGAGGACAUCACCAUGGAAACCUCUGUCCAGUCGACGACCACGUCACAGGUGAAGGAGGUCAUUGGGAGGGGCAAUGAUUCCGAUGCCCCUCCCAUGGACACCCAACUGGAAGCAGAGCCCUGUGGGCAGGAAGGAGAGGAGCUUGUAAUCUCCUUUGAUAGCCAAUUCCCUGACCUCAUCUCUGACCUCAUGACAGAGGACGAAAAUCCCGUACCACCUCCUCUGUCCACCGUCACGGAUGUGGGUGCCAGCCAGGCCGUGUUCCCAGCUGGAAUUCGCUACAUGGUGCCGCCCCAGCCCUCCCCCUCUUCUUCCUUCCUUCCCUUUCCUCACCCACAGCCGUCUUCAUCCCGACUUGCAUCCAUCACUGAUUUCUCACCUGAAUGGUCGUACCCCGAGGGUGGGGUUAAAGUAUUGAUCACAGGACCAUGGAGUGAGCAGCGAGGUCAAUACUUGUGUGUGUUUGACCAGAGUGCUGUUCCGGCAUCACUGAUCCAGCCUGGUGUGCUGCGCUGCUACUGCCCCGCCCACGAGGCCGGCCUAGUCUGUCUUCACGUUCUGGAGUCUGGAGGUUCAGUUUCCUCAUCGGUUUUGUUUGAGUACCGUGCAAGAAAUGCCAACUCACUGCCCAGCUCUCAGCUCGACUGGCUCUCAUUAGAUGACAAUCAGUUCAGAGUGUCCAUCCUGGAGCGUCUUGAGCAGAUGGAGCGCAGGAUGGCAGCGAUGGCUGCUCGUGAUGUUACACAACAACGACAGCAGUGGCAGCAGCAUGGCAACCGGAUGGCUACACCCCCUCCUCCACACACACCCGAGGACUGUGACCAGUCGUCCCAGUGGUUUGAGAGAAGGAUCAUUCGAGUGUGUGAAAGGAUGAUGAGAGGAGUGCAGUGGAGUGGAGGUGAAGAAGAGAGGCUUCAUCACUCUGUGCGUCACCGUGGGAUGACAUUGCUGCACUUGGCGGCCGCGCAGGGUUACACCCACCUGAUACACACGCUCAUUACCUGGAGGCAUGUUCACAAUGACAGUUUGGACCUGGAGCAAGAGGUAGAUCCUCUCAACGUGGACCACUUUUCCUGCACGCCGCUGAUGUGGGCAUGUGCUCUGGGCCACCAGAGGGCAGCAGAGCUCCUCUAUGGCUGGAAUAGUCUGGCUCUUGGCAUCCCAGACUCACUGGGCCGUCUCCCGCUUGCUGUGGCCCGCUCCCGAGGACACACGUGUCUCGCUGCCGCUCUGGAGGACCUGCACAUACAUGCACAUGUGACUCCCAGAGACACGCUUGCGCACCCUCCAGCCUCGCCUACGUCGACGAGCCCGGACACAGGUCUUAGCUCUUCGAGCAGCCUCCCCUCCCCUAGUGAUCCCUGCUCCCCCUCCCAAAGCUCCGCCUACUCUAGUUACUCUGCCCCCAUGGACACCUCUCCCUCCUCUCCCCUGUCUCCUUUAUCUUCCACCUCAUCCUUUCCGGUCUCGUCGCCCCCUCCUACCUCCUUGGCUGUGUCGUCUGCGUGGGGGGAGGUGCCAAACGCAGCUUUGAACCGGGGCGACCUCAUGGAAUGCAAGAGCGAGAGCCCUGCUUCACCAGUCCUCCCCCACAUGACGCCGACGCUGGCGGAGCAUCUCCUGAGCUACAGUGAGAAUGUGGAGAAUGAAGGCGAGGAGGAGGAGCUGCAGGUUGACAUGGCCACGCUGGCGGAGCAAAUCAUUGAGGCAACACCCGAGCGAAUCAAACAUGAGGACUUCACCAGGGGGGCAGAGUCACUGCUCCGAGAGAGGCGGGACAAUCCGGCCAUAGAGGACACCUGGUUGGCAACCUACCUGGAAACGGUCGAUGCCCAUACACAAUCCCUGCCCAGGCGCAUGUGCCCCCCCUCACCUCUCAGCGCAUUGGCCCUCCAGAGGCUCCGCCCCCCUUCCUCUGUGGCAUGGGCAGAGUUUCUCAACGCAUCAGCCAAUGGAAAGAUGGAGAGGGACUUUGCCUUGCUGACACUUACAGACGGCGAGCAGAGGGAACUCUACGAGGCCGCCAGGAUCAUCCAGAAUGCCUUCAGGAGAUACAAGGGUCGCAGGUUGAAGGAGCAGCAGGACAUGGCCGCAGCUGUCAUUCAGAGAUGCUACCGCAAAUACAAACAGCUAACAUGGAUAGCUCUAAAGUAUGCGCUCUACAAAAAGAUGACACAAGCGGCCAUUCUGAUCCAGUCCAAGUUUCGCUCGUACUAUGAGCAGAAACGCUUCCAGCAGAGUCGGCGUGCAGCUGUGCUCAUCCAGCAGUACUAUCGCAGCUACAAGGAGUACGAAAGGCUCAAGCAGGGCCCCGGCAGCGGUGCAGGCCACAACCCCAGAAUCAAGGGGACCUUCUUGACCAAGAAGCAGGACCAGGCAGCACGCAAGAUCAUGAGGUUCCUGAGACGUUGCAGACACCGGAUCAAGGAGCUGAAGCAGAACCGAGAACUGGAGAGGCGAGGACUGACCACGUAGACGACCUACCUGACGAGGAUAUGUUGACUGUCCGAAUGAAUGUACUUUCUGGCAGGGAGCUUGUGGAGGGAUUCAUCGUGAUCAUAUUGACUUGUUAAAAGUGGUCAUGUGACGUACAUACAUCUUGUCGCAUGAAUCUCCAAAUUGUGUGCGCGUACAUAUAUAUAUAUAUAUAUUUAUAAACCCCGUACACAGGGACUUUAUAGAUGCUUUUAUUUAUGAGUACAAGUCUUAAUGAACUGUGACAUCUUUUCACCAAUGGCCCCUGCGUGUGGCACUGAUCUGAACUUGAAAUUCAUGAGCGUGUGCUUUGGAAAGCUCCAAGAUGUCGCCUCUUUAUCUACUACAUGUUGAGUACACUGUCAUCAUGGCAACCCAUGAGCGAGCAUGAGCUCACACUUGUGUGCAUGACUUUAUUUCCUGCUUGUUUAUUCACACAGUGCUACUUUCCAGCCUCUGGUGUCACUGCAUUUUUAUGACUGCUCCAAGUGUUAAAAAGGAGGCAUGUAGAGAAAAAUAUCUGCUUUAUUUCAUAUAAAAGCUGCGGCUCUUCAGCUUUGGACAUCAACAAAGCAAAGCAUUGCAAA